GGCCGGGGGCUCGGCGGCCGCACACUUUCGCUCCGACACGGGGCUGAUCUCUCGUCCCCGGUGCAGCCGGCGUAUAGUUCCAGCGCGGUGGCGGCGGCGGCCACCGUGUCUCGGUCCGUCCUGGGAGGGUCGGGCAAGGAGGCAACUUCGAAGGGAAACCUUUCGCGUCGACUGCUCUUUUUUUUUAGUUUUGGGUCGCCGGCUCUUCCGAAGUUACGAAAGGAAGUUAUUAAAAAAGUUUGGGAAAGCCCGUGAACAUAACGAGUAGUAAGCUCUCCUGUCCGCCCCUUUGCCAAGUGAGGUUAUAUGUCUUUAGCAAGGUUUAGGGGUGCCGAAGAGACAACUUCACUCGGUGAAACGGUUCCCUUCAUCGUUACAUCGCUUUCACGUCAUGGUACACAAGUACGACACUCAGAGGGCUGUGAGCCUGCUCAGGCAGUACCAGGCCAGCCUCACUGGCCCGGAGGAGCAGCCUCUGAGAGCCAGCGUGGGCAAAGUCACCGCCAUCUUCGGCAGCCAGCUGUUCCAGGCCCUUCUGGAUAUUCAAGAGUGCUAUGAGGUGACCUUGAGUCUGAACGCUGUGCCACAUGAGCCGGAGACCACUGCCAGGGCGUCGAGCCUGCAAGAAGACUGGGAGAGAGGCAGCCCCACAAGCCAGGCACCCCCAUCUCCGGGCGACGCGUCGCUGGUGCGGGUCACCAGCAGGAGGUGCUCUCAGAAGGUGGAGAGGGUCUCUGGCCUGGUGAGCCACACCCACAUCGAGAUGCCCAAGGCCAACCCCCCUCCUGUCAUCGUCAAUGCAGACUCGCUGGACCCUGGCCCUUAUGUCAACGGGAGCGAUGGGAUGUACAAAUACGAAGAGAUCAUUUUGGAAAGGGGUAAUUCCGGGCUGGGAUUCAGCAUUGCCGGAGGCAUCGACAAUCCACACAUUCCCGAUGACCCAGGGAUUUUCAUCACUAAAAUAAUCCCGGGAGGAGCUGCAGCCAUGGACGGCAGGCUGGGAGUGAACGACUGUGUCCUGCGCGUGAAUGAGGUGGAUGUUUCGGAGGUGGCCCACAGCCGGGCUGUGGAGGCUCUGAAGGAGGCCGGGCCUGUGGUCAGGCUGCUGGUGAGGAGGAGACAGGCCCCACCGGAGACCAUCGUGGAGGUCAACCUGCUCAAGGGACCCAAGGGGCUGGGCUUCAGCAUCGCGGGCGGCAUCGGCAACCAGCACAUCCCCGGCGACAACAGCAUCUACAUCACCAAGAUCAUCGAGGGGGGGGCCGCGCAGAAGGAUGGGCGGCUGCACACCGGGGACCGCCUGCUGGCGGUGAACAACAUCAACCUGCAGGACGUGCGCCACGAGGAGGCGGUGGCGGCGCUGAAGAACACCUCCGACAUGGUGUACCUGAAGGUGGCCAAGCCGGGGUCGGUCCACCUGAACGACAUGUACGCGCCCCCGGACUACUCCAGCACCUUCCCCGCUCUCGUCGAUAAUCACGUCAGCCACAACUCCAGUAUGGCCUACAUGGGUGGGGUGGACCCUAAGCCUGCCUACCAGCCUCCUCAGGUCACGCCCUCCAGGUACUCCCCUGUGCCUCGUCACAUGAUAGGGGAGGAUGACUUCACAAGCAGGGCUGAACCCAUUUACAGUGUCAUCCACAAACCUCAGGGGGACACCAGCCCUCCCUCCCCCCACCUCUACAGGGUGCCCCGGGACGCGGGUUUGUGUCCCAUGCCCUCUGCCCUGCGCCAAGGCCUGGUGCCCUCGUCCGGCAGGUACCGGCAGAGAUCAAGGGGGAGCGGUGGGCUUGUUACCCCCUUGUGUGUUUGGGGGAAACCCGUCACCUCCAGCGCUCACUCGCAGCCGGUUCAGGAAUCGCCAGUAGACCGCAGCGCCGGUCUGGUCCGGUCCGCUCCGCUCCUCGGCCGAGAAUACAGCCGCUUCGAGUCCAAGAUCCACGACCUGCGGGAGCAGAUGAUGAACAGCAGCAUGAGCUCGGGGUCGGGCUCCCUGCGCACCAGCGAGAAGCGCUCCCUCUACGUCAGGGCUCUGUUUGACUAUGACCGGACCCGUGACAGCUGCCUGCCCAGUCAGGGCCUGAGCUUCUCCUACGGGGACAUCCUGCACGUCAUCAACGCCUCGGACGAUGAGUGGUGGCAGGCGCGGCUCGUCACACCCCACGGGGAGAGCGAGCAGAUUGGGGUUAUCCCCGGCAAAAAGAGGGUUGAGAAGAAGGAGCGGGCGAGGUUAAAGACGGUGAAGUUCCACGCCAGGACCGGCAUGAUCGAGUCGAACAGGUCGGUCAAAGUAAAGCGCAAAAAGAGCUUCAACCUCUCGCGCAAGUUCCCGUUUUACAAGAGCAAGGAGAAUAUUGUGCAGGAGAAUGUGGAGCCCGAACAAUGUUUGACGUCCAACACAAGCGACAGUGAGAGCAGCUCCAAGGGGCAGGAAGAUGCAAUCCUGUCGUACGAGCCGGUGAUGCGACAGGAAAUUCACUACACCAGACCUGUGAUAAUCCUGGGACCCAUGAAGGACAGAGUAAAUGACGACCUGAUCUCCGAGUUCCCCCACAAGUUCGGAUCCUGCGUACCCCACACCACUCGAGCCCGGCGGGAGAAUGAGGUGGAUGGGCAGGACUACCACUUCGUCAUGUCCAGGGAGCAAAUGGAGAGGGACAUUCAGGACAACAAGUUCAUCGAGGCCGGGCAGUUCAACGAGAACCUGUAUGGCACGAGUAUCCAGUCCGUGAGAGCCGUCGCAGAGAGGGGGAAGCACUGUAUCCUGGAUGUCUCUGGGAAUGCUAUAAAGCGAUUGCAGCAAGCACAACUUUAUCCAAUUGCCAUUUUCAUCAAGCCAAAAUCAAUUGAAGCCCUUAUGGAAAUGAAUAAGAGGCAGACAUAUGAACAAGCCAAUAAAGUCUUUGACAAGGCGAUGAAGCUGGAACAGGAGUUUGGGGAGUACUUUACAGCCAUUGUACAGGGAGACUCGCUAGAAGAAAUCUACAGCAAAAUCAAACUUAUCAUUGAGGAACAGUCCGGACCCUACAUAUGGAUCCCUUCCUCGGAGAAACUCUGAGCACCUUCUCUGUUUCCCCUGCUUCCAAGCGGAGUCAGUCCUCCCCCUACGAAGUCUGAUCCCUCCCUUUUUACAGAUAUGUUGCAUAUCGAGUUUUAUUGUCAUCAUUCUGUUGCUCUUAAAAAAAAAAGGUCUUUAUCACCAUUACUGUGACUGUGCGCAUCCUUGCAUGAGUUUUUCUGCAAUUCCAUCGAAGACUGGAAAAUGUCAUUCCAAAUGAAUUUUAAUCAUUUAAAAGACAAAAAGGAGAAAAAAAUCAAUUCUCGUCUAUGGAGGGACACCAGAAGAUGUCUUACAAAAAGCGCUUGUGAGGAGAGGGAUUUGGAGAAGCUGCAGGGGAAAAAAUAGAGUGCAAAGCUGGAACAAUUUGUAAAAUGUUUAUAAACGUGCAUUAAAGACUUGGGAGGUGAGCUGAAAAGACCAAUGAGGUUUUUCUAUAAGGACUAGUUGAGAAUCAGCCCCCCACCUUUCAUGGUACUGUUCUAUUCAAGGAAUUUUUUCCAUUGUUUCUAAUUUAAAGUGGUGAUAAAAAAGUACAGACUGCUGAUCACGGUUAUCGCAAACCAGCUCGCUGUGCGAUUGGCUGCCAGCAGUUUGUGGUACAGCCAGCCAGGAUCUCUCAUCUCAGGAGGUGGGAAGAAAGGAAAAAAAUUGGAUAUGAAUCUAUAAAUUUAUAUUAUUGAACGGCAAGAUAAAGGAUCAAUUCCUAUGGAGAGAUUUUACUAAAUAUUAAAACUACACUGUUUUACACAUCAUGAAAAUUCUGCAUGGAGGGCUGUCUGAUUUUAUUAGGAUUCGUCUUUUUUUAAGCUGCUCUCGAUUUAAAGGAAGGAGGUAGAGACGUGUAACUGGGAUCCCUGCAAAAUACCAAACUGCCUUACAUAACAAAAAUAAAGCAUCAGCUGUAAAACCUAAUUCUGGGAAUGGUGGGCUAUACAUCUUUGUUGCUCUUGAUGGAGGUUUCAAGCCGUUGUCUUAGAUGUGGUGCCGUCUUACCCUGAUCUGAGCAGCUGCUCCAGGGUAGACCUCGCGCCUCGCACAGGAGAUAAGAUGUGAUUGACGUUGCAGUGUGCUAUUCUAGCUUUUUUCUUUCACUGAUGAAGACCACCAGUGUCUACAAUGAGAUGCAGACUGCCCAUUCACACGUUCUCUGCCUUCAAAAGUUGAUUAUUAUUAACAGAAUGGUGAGGCGGUACUUUCCUGUGAGCUGCUUUUGAUGGCAGCGUGAAAACGGGUAGAAAAACAGUAAAAUAUUGAUUGUUGAGUUUUCUUUCAUUUCACAGUAAUUAAAAGGUUAAGGGACUUUGUCAGGACCCCUGUCCCUAAACCCCUCCUGCUUUGCCUUGCGAUAAGAAAAGCUUCCCAUUUGUUUGUGUUCCAGGCAAUCUUUUUGGUUACCAGCAGUUUUUUUUUAUCCACUGUGUAAGGCUGCUUGCCGGGUGUUAGAUUGGUCAGCUCAGGAAAAUUGCUUACAGAAACCUGUCCAUCCACUGACUAGGGAUACUUGUUUGGAUACAACUUCCAGAAACACUCAGUGCAAGGAGGGGGUGUAAUGGAUGCUCUGUUAUGGUUACCCAGAAUGGGCUUCCUGUUUCUUGCUCAAGAAGCACCAGUUAACGGGGAGAAACCAGGACAUUUCUGCGGGAUUUGAGACAUUGGCGUUACCCAUGCAGGAAAGAUUCGACUCGAUACCAAGUGGGCGGGGACUGUUUUUGCUGGAGCUCUUUUCAUGUUGUCACUGGGUCAUCACAGAACACCUCUGAUGAUUUCAGCACUGAUACUUGUUUCUGUACAUGGAAGGAGAGGUUUCUGUCUUGAAGAACAAAGAUGUCCCCCUUAUCACACUAGCUUUUCUGGUGAAAAGGAUGGGCUAGUUUCUUACUGUUGUCCCGGAAUUAGACACUAAGGUGAGCUCACUUCAUUCCCAUCUUCAGGAGCAGUAGACAUGCUGGGUGUUUAGACCCCCCCAGCUCUUUUAUCUGCAGGCAAUUUCUGAACAGUCGUGUCAACCUCCCAGCCACCUCUGCAAAACCAGCUGUAACUUAUGUUAACAGAGUUCAGGGAAUUAUUGCAAGGGAACAGAGCCAUUAUAAACUGCUUACAGACUGUUUCAAAGGUUAUUGUAGCUAUAAAUAUCUCGAGCAAAGAGCAUUCCUGAUGUGUGCUUCAUUGCAUGUGAGAGAACCGGAAUGGCUGGAUAUUCUAUAGAACACAAACGACAGGUGAGUAAAGCUUAGUUUAUGAAGGACUAUCAUAUACCAUUAGCUGUACUGUUGGUAAUUUCUACAGACACUAACCCAAGCCACAUCCAGUAACACAGCUUCUGGCCUGAAGGAACUUGAAUUCCCCUAGAUCUGGCCUGUCUGCUUGUUACUUGGUAGAAUUUGUUUGGGUGCUGGUCUUUAAUAUGUAGUGCAGUUAUUAUCUGAACUACAGGUUGUCAUUUCUUUAGGAAGGAAUAUAUAUCCCAUUUAGAUAUCUAGAAAAAAAUUUCAUCUCCAGUAUGAACUUUAAAAACAGCUGACUGUUAAUACUGUCUGGUAUCUAUUUUACAGUCAGCUUCGUCAAUAAAGCCCAAAGAAUAUCCUUUUGAGGGCAUUGUGCUCCGAUAUUGAAUCUACUGCCUUUGUGUUUAUUUUGUGAGGUGUCAGUCUUUGGUUCUAAGAAACCUAGCUUUGUCUUUCAUUUCUCUCAUUUUGGAUUUUGAGAGUGUAUGGCUGACUUGACGCUAUACUUGUCCAGUAACUGCUUGCUAAAUAUCAUUCCUUGAUUGUACUCUACAUUACCCUGUUACAUCAAGUGAUGGGACCAUUCGUUCACUGGGUACAGGUGAAACAAGCACCUCUUUUCAUGGUUAUCAUGCUAACAGUCUGCUGGCCAGGAAGGAAGGUUUUUUUUUGAAUGGACAAACAAAAAGAAAGUUUAAAAAAUAAAAUGUGACUAUAUUGGU